GGCAUUAGUGCGGAGAAAGUUCAGACCGAGCUGCAGCAGCUCCGAGGAAACAGCGCGGCAACACAGCAGGCUUACCGGCCAACUUUCUGUAAUUUCUAACCCAUCUCCGUGCCAGAAGCCUUACACAAAAUCAGCGAGGAAACUUAUCAAAGAUGCCGGCCACAGAGAAGGACCUGGCGGAGGACGCUCCGUGGAAGAAGAUCCAGCAGAACACCUUCACCCGCUGGAUCAACGAGCACCUGAAGUGCGUCAACAAGCGGAUCGUGGAUCUGCAGCUGGACCUGGGCGACGGCCUGAGGCUCAUCGCCCUGCUGGAGGUCCUCAGUCACAAGAAGAUGUACAGAAAGUACCACCCGAGGCCCACCUUCAGGCAGAUGAAGCUGGAAAACGUGUCGGUGGCUCUUGAGUUCCUGGAAAAGGAGAACAUAAAGCUCGUGUCCAUAGACUCUAAAGCCAUUGUAGAUGGGAACCUGAAACUGAUCCUGGGUCUGGUCUGGACUCUGAUCCUACACUACUCCAUCUCCAUGCCAGUCUGGGAAGGCGAGGAUGCAGAGGCAGAGUCAAAGACACCCAAGCAGCGUCUGCUGGGCUGGAUCCAACACAAAGUCCCCGAUCUGCCAAUCACCAACUUCAGCCAGGACUGGAGGGACGGCAAAGUACUGGGAGCACUGGUGGACAGCUGUGCACCAGGCCUGUGUCCAGACUGGGAGACCUGGGAUCCAGUCAGACCAGUGGAGAAUGCCACCGAAGCCAUGCAGCUGGCUGAUGACUGGCUGGGCAUCCCGCAGGUGAUCGCUCCAGAGGAAAUCAUCGACCCCAGUGCGGACGAACAGUCGGUGAUGACCUACCUGUCCCAGUUCCCCAAAGCCAAACUGAAGCCCGGAGCUCCACUCAAACCCAAACUCAACCCCAAGAAGGCCCGCGCAUACGGACCGGGUAUCGAGCCCACAGGAAACAGAGUGCUGCGACCUGCUGUCUUCACAGUGGACACAUUCAGCGCGGGUCAGGGGCAGGUCACGGUCUACCUGGAUCAUCCAGACGGCACAAGAGAGGAGCUGAAUGCGGAGCUUAACGAGGGCAAGAAGACGUACAGUGUCACCUACAUUCCUCAGGUCAUGGGAGCCCACCAGGUCACUGUGUUGUUUGCGGGCCAAGAGAUUCCCAAAAGUCCCUUUGAGGUGAAUGUGGAUAAAGCGCUUGGAGAUGCUUCCAAAGUCACAGUGAAAGGCCCGGGAGUCGAACCUGUGGGCAACAUCGCCAACAAACCAACUUACUUUGACAUCUACACUGCAGGUGCCGGUACAGGAGACGUGACAGCCAUGAUCAAAGAUCCUCAGGGCCGGCAGAACACUGUGGAGGUGAUGAUGGAGGAUAAAGGCGACAGCGUGUACCGCUGCACUUACCGACCCACGCAGGGUGGACCGCACACAAUCACAGUCACCUUCGGAGGCGUUGGAAUCCCAAAGAGCCCCUUCAGUGUAGACGUGGGCCCCGGUGAGUACAUUUUUUUUCCCAUUUAUCUAUUGCACAGCUUAAAUCCUUUAAAUGAAAGAGUCAUCACCUGUUUACUUGUGCCGUCUCAUUCACUGGCAGCCUGCAUGCCGGGAGCGUGCAGGGCGACAGGUCGAGGUCUCCAGCCGUCAGGUUUGAGGGUCAAACAGGUCGGUGAUAUCAAGGUGGACACCAGGAACGCUGGCAGUGGAGAACUGAAAGUGACAGUCAAAGGACCGAAGGGCGUCGAGGAGCCAGUGAAGCAGCUCUCCAGUCAGGAUGGGGUGUUCUCCUUCGAGUAUCACCCCAGCAGUCCUGGGAAAUACAUCGUCUCCAUCACCUGGGGAGGUCAGCACAUCCCAAAGAGUCCAUUUGAAGUAACAGUUGGUCAGCAGGCGGGGCCUCAGCAGAUCAGGGCCUGGGGUCCAGGUUUGGAAGGAGGCAUUGUGGGUAAACCUGCCACCUUUGUAGUGGAGUCCAUUGGCACUGAUGUGGGAGUGUUGGGUUUUGCCAUCGAGGGACCUUCACAGGCCAAAAUCGAGUGCGAGGACCAAAAUGAUGGGUCAUGUGACGUUCGUUACUGGCCAACAGAACCCGGCGAGUAUGCCGUCCAUGUGACCUGUGAUGAAGAGGACAUCGAACACAGCCCCUUCAUGGCCUUCAUCAUCCCUGAUAACAACACUAGCUUCCCAGAUAAGGUCCAGGCUUACGGGCCGGGGCUUGAGAAGAGCGGCUGUGUCGUCAAUCAGCCUGCCGAGUUCACUGUGAACGCUGAGCAUGCUGGGAAAGGACCUCUGAACAUCACAGCUCAGGACGCAGAGGGACUUCCUGUGGAGGUCAAGAUGAGAAGCAAAGGUGAUGGACUGUAUAGCUGCUCCUACACACCCACCUCCUCUCUCAAGCACACCGUGGCUGUGUCCUGGGCCGGAGUCGGCAUCCCCAAAAGCCCUUUCAGGGUGAAUGUGGGUAAAGGCAGCCACCCCAACAUGGUGAAGGUGUUUGGUCCCGGAGUGGAGAGGAGUGGACUGAAGGCCAACGAGCCCACACACUUCACUGUGGACUGUUCAGGAGCUGGAGAUGGUGAUGUCGGCGUUGGGAUUAAGUGUGACGCCAACAUGAUCAGCGACAAAGAGGCUGAUGUGGAUUUUGAUAUCAUUCCCAACGCCAACGACACGUUCACAGUCAAAUACAUCCCUCCUGCUGCUGGAAGACUCACCAUUAAAGUCCUGUUCACUGACAAGGAAGUUCCUCAGAGCCCCUUCAGUGUCAAAGUCGAUCCUUCACAUGAUGCAUCAAAGGUCAAAGCAGAAGGUCCUGGACUGGCUCGCACUGGUGUGGAGAGCGGAAAACCGACUCAUUUCACCGUGUUGACUAAAGGAGCAGGUAAAGCACCGCUGGACGUUACCUUCUCUUCUGCCGUGAAAGACUUUGACAUCAUCGAUAACUACGACUACUCUCAGACUGUCAAGUACACACCUGCACAACAGGGGGAGCUGACUAUCUUGGUGAAGUUUGGAGGUGACCCCAUUGCCAAGAGCCCCUUCACAGUUGGAGUCGCUGCACCACUGGACCUCAGCAAAGUCACUGUGGAUAACAUGGAUGGAAGAGUGGAGGUGAACCAGGAGCAGCAGUUCAUGGUGGACACAAAGGGUGCUGGAGGUCAAGGUCACCUGGUGGUAGAACUGCUGAGUCCCAGUCAGCAGGCAGUACCUUGUAAAGUUGAGCCUCAGCCCGGUAAAGCAGAUGUCAGUUUGGUCUGUUACACCCCCACAAAGGAGGGAGUGUAUGCUGUUAACGUGUCUUAUGAUGGACACCCCAUCCCAGGAAGCCCCUUUCCUGUGGAGGCCCACCUGCCUCCAGACCCCAGCAAGGUGAAAGCCUUCGGUCCUGGUCUGAAGGGAGGCUUAGUGGGGAACCCGGCUGAGUUCACAAUCGACACCAAAGGUGCCGGCACUGGAGGUCUGGGGCUGACAGUGGAGGGGCCGACCGAGGCCAAGAUCGAAUGUUCAGAUAACGGCGAUGGGACCUGCUCAGUCUCCUACCUGCCCACCGAGCCUGGAGACUACCUGGUUAACAUCCUGUUUGAGAAUGUCCACAUCCCCGGAUCGCCAUUCAGAGCUGACAUCCAGAUGCCCUUUGACCCCUCCAAGGUGGUUGCCUCAGGUUCGGGCCUGAAGAGAGCCAAGGUUGGGGAAACCAGUGUUGUAAAUGUGGACUGCUCUCAAGCUGGACCGGGUGAACUCAGCCUGGAGGCUGCGCUAGAUUCACCCCCAAGCAGCCCUACUGGUUCAGGCCUGGGCUCAGGUGCAAAAGCAAAGACUGAGAUUGUGGAUAACAAAGACGGGACCUACACGGUGACCUACAUCCCUCUGACUUCUGGCAUGUACACCCUGCUGCUGAAGUAUGGAGGAAAGACCGUCCCUGGUUUCCCUGCUAAGGUGAUGGCAGACCCUGCUGUGGACACCUCCAAAGUCAAAGUGUUUGGACCUGGAGUGGAGGGACAAGCUGUUUUCAGAGAAGCCACCACAGAGUUCACAGUGGAUGCUCGUUCUCUGACCCGGCGAGGUGGCGACCACAUAAAGGCGGUGGUCAAGAACCCGUCUGGAGCUCUGACAGACUGUGGUGUUACAGACAAGGCCGAUGGCACCUACUGUGUUGAGUACACUCCUUUUGAAAAUGGCGUCCACAGCGUCCAGGUUCUGUAUGAUGACACUCCAGUUCCCAAUAGCCCAUUCAGGGUUUCUGUGUCAGAGGGAUGUGACCCGAGCAGGGUGGUGGCUACUGGCCCCGGGCUGGAACAAGGCCUGACUGACCAGCCCAACAACUUCAACAUCUUCACCAGAGGGGCAGGUAUUGGUGGCCUUGGCAUCACUGUGGAGGGUCCAUCAGAGUCUAAAAUGUCUUGCACAGACAACAAAGAUGGCAGCUGCAGUGUGGAGUACAUUCCCUUCACACCAGGAAACUACGACGUCAACAUCACCUAUGGAGGAGAACACAUCCCUGGGAGUCCAUUUAAGGUCCCAGUUAAGGAUGUGGUGGACUCUAGUAAGGUCAAAGUUUCUGGUCCUGGAGUGGCGUCAGGAGUCAGGGCCAAUAUCCCGCAAUCCUUCACAGUGGACUGCAGGAAGGCCGGCGUGGCGCCCCUGGCUGUGGCAGUCACUGCUCCCAAAGGCAUUGCAGAGCCUGUGGAAGUGACUGAUAAUGGAGACGGGACUCACACAGUGUCCUACACGCCGUCUGUGGAGGGACCGUACUCGGUGGCUGUAAAAUAUGCUGAGGAGGACGUCCCACACAGUCCCUUCAAGUUUCGGGUUCUGCCCACUCACGAUGCCAGCAAAGUACGAGCCAGCGGCCCCGGGCUGACCAGCGGCGUCCCCGCCAGCUUCCCCGUUGAGUUCAAUAUCGACGCUAAAGAUGCUGGCCAAGGCCAACUGAGCGUGCUCAUCACGGACCAGGAUGGCAAACCUAAGCAGCCCAGGAUCCAUGACAACGGUGAUGGUACAUACCGGGUAUCAUACGUCCCUGACCGUGCUGGCCGGUACACCAUCGUUAUAAAAUAUGGUGGCGAUGACAUCCCAGCAUCACCUUACAGAGUCCGUGCCACAGCAACUGGUGAUGCCAGCAAGUGCACCGUGAGCGGUUCAGGCGUGGGUCCCACUGUGGCCAUUGGUGAGGAGUUGGGUCUGGUGGUGAAUGCAAAGGGUGCUGGUAAAGGGAAAGUGAGCUGUGUGGUGGUUCAGCCCGAUGGCACAGAGGUGGAGGCCGAGGUGCUGGAGAAUGAAGAUGGCACCUUUGACAUCUUCUACACUGCGCCAGCUCCUGGGAACUACGUCAUCUACGUCCGCUUUGGAGGGGAAAACAUCCCACGCAGUCCCUUCAAAGUCACGGUGACGUCUGAAAGCUACCAGCCAGAUGGUACGAGCGUUAACGGCAGUGGCUUCAGACCUUUCGACAUGGUGAUUCCUUUCGCGUUCAGGAAGGGAGAAAUCACCGGUGAGGUGUUGAUGCCUUCAGGUAAAUCUGCUCAGCCUCUAAUCACAGACAACCUGGAUGGGACGGUCACAGUGCAGUACUCUCCUACUGAGGCCGGUCUGCACGAGAUGCACAUCAAAUACAACGGCACACACAUCCCAGAAUCUCCCCUUCAGUUCUAUGUGAAUCACGCCAGCAGUCCCAACGUCACAGCUUACGGUCCUGGUCUGAGUUAUGGUGUCGCCAACAAGUUGGCUACCUUCACAGUCUUCACAGAGGAUGCCUCCGAAGGAGGUCUGGACCUGGCUAUUGAGGGUCCGUCCAAAGCAGAGAUCAGCUGUGUGGACAAUAAAGACGGGACCUGCACUGUCAGCUACCUGCCCACGCUGCCAGGAGACUACAACAUCCUGGUCAAAUACAAUGACGAGCACAUCGCUGGCAGCCCGUUCACUGCCAGGAUUACCGAGGACAACCAGCGGCGCUCUCAGGUCAAACUGGGCUCGGCUGCAGAUUUCUCUCUGGACAUCAAUGAGACGGACCUCAGCCUGCUCAGCGCCAGCAUCAGGUCGCCCUCUGGACGUGACGAGCCCUGCUUGCUGAAGAGGAUGGCCAACAACCACAUCGGUAUCUCCUUCAUCCCCCGGGAAGUGGGCGAGCACCAGGUCAGCAUCCUGAAGAAUGGUCGUCAUGUCGCCAACAGUCCCAUCACCAUCAUGGUCGUCCAGUCUGAGAUUGGCGACGCCAGUCGAGUCAAAGCUCACGGUGACGGCCUCGUCCAGGGAACCACCUUCAGCAACUCGAGCUUUAUAGUCGACACGCGGGAGGCAGGUUAUGGCGGUCUGGCUCUGUCCAUUGAAGGUCCCAGUAAAGUAGACAUCCAAACGGAGGACAUGGAGGACGGGACCUGUAGAGUCACUUACUGUCCGACCGAACCUGGAAACUACAUCGUCUCAAUCCGCUUCGCUGAGGAGCACGUGCCAGGAAGUCCGUUCACAGUGAGGGUGACAGGUGAGGGUCGUAUUCGGGAGAGCAUCACCAGACGACAGAAGGCGGCGUCUGUCGCCACUGUUGGGAGUGUGUGCGACCUCAGCCUAAAGAUACCAGUGAGCUGGUUCCUCCUCGUCUUGUCUCGGCAGCUCCUUUUUCACACCACCUACCGCUCCUACUGCUCUCUCUGGUUGUCUGGAAGAUCCAGCGUUCCCAUGACUCAUUCCUCUGCUGCUACCCGGAAUCAGAACCUGUCUCCUGGCUGUGUCCGGCUAGUCUCUGGCCUCUCCGGUCUGGUGCUGGCAGGGGGAGCCAGAGCAGUGAGGGGUGUUUGGGUUGUUGAUGCCCCCUAUUUGGGACGCAGUGCUAGGGUGGAGGCAACCGGUUCUGCCAUCGACAUGCAGGACGUCACUGCUGAGGUCACCUCCCCCUCUGGAGCCAGUCAGCCAGCAGAGCUCGUGGCCACGGGUAACGACGCCUACUGUGUGCGCUUCGUGCCCACUGAGAUGGGCGUGCACAGCGUGAGUGUCAAGUACAGGGGCGUGCACGUGCCGGGCAGCCCCUUCCAGUUCACUGUGGGGCCGCUGGGUGAGGGCGGGGCUGGCAAGGUGAGGGCCGGAGGUCCAGGACUGGAGGGAGCACUGGCAGGAGAGCCAGCUGAAUUCACGAUCUGGACGAGAGAGGCAGGAGCUGGUGGUCUGUCGGUUGCCGUGGAGGGACCCAGCAGGGCUGAGAUCUCCUUCGAUGACCGCAAGGACGGAUCCUGCGGCAUUUCUUACGUCGCUCAGGAGCCUGGUGAUUAUGAGGUUUCGGUGAAGUUUAACGACCAGCACAUACCCGACAGCCCCUACCUGGUUCCUGUUGUCGCUCCAGUGAACGACGCCCGUCGCCUCUCUGUUGCGGGUCUUCAGGAGUCUGGUCUGAAGGUGAAUCACCCAGCAUCCUUUGCGGUGCGUCUAAAUGGAGCCAAAGGCAAGAUGGAUGCCAAAGUCCACAGUCCCUCUGGAGCUCUGGAGAAGUGUGUUGUCACAGAGCUGGAAAGAGACAAGUACGCUAUCCGGUUCAUCCCCAGGGAGAAUGGCGUCCACACCAUUGAUGUCAAAUUCAAUGGCUGUCACAUCCCGGGAAGUCCUUUCCAGGUCCGAGUUGGGGAGCCAGGACAGACUGGAGAGCCUGGUUUGGUUUCAGCAUACGGAUCAGGACUGGAGAGAGGAACAACAGGUACUCAGUCAGAGUUCAUCAUUAACAACACUAAGGCAGGCCCCGGGUCCUUGGCUGUGACCAUCGAGGGCCCGUCAAAAGUAAAGAUGGACUGUCAGGAGGUUCCCGAAGGCUACAAGGUGCAGUACACUCCCAUGGCACCUGGAAACUACCUGAUCAGCAUUAAAUACGGAGGCCCAAACCACAUCACUGGGAGUCCCUUCAAGGCCAAAGUCACAGGUCCUCGCCUUGUGAAUGUAACAAACGCCAGCGAGACAUCAACCCUGACACUGGAUCCGGCAAUUCGGGCAUCCAGCAGCUUCACGCAGAGCGCCAUGCCCAGGCUGGGUGACUCUGAUGCCAGCAAGGUGGUGAGCCGAGGAGCUGGCCUGAGCAAGGCCUUUGUGGGCCAGAGGAGCAACUUCACUGUCGACUGCAGCAAAGCAGGUAAGAACAUGCUUCUGGUGGGUGUGCACGGCCCACAGGUCCCUUGUGAUGAGGUGCUGGUCAAACACAUGGGCAACCUGCAGUACAACGUCAGCUACGUGCUGAAGGAACGGGGCAACUACAUCCUGGUGGUCAAGUGGGGUGAGGACCACAUCCCGGGCUCCCCCUUCCACGUCGCCGUCCCCUGAUGAGCCAAGAAACUUUCCGUCUCUCCUCCUGCACCAUUUUGCAUCCCCAUUUGAGUUAAGACACAUUAGCUGCACUAUAAAUAACUGUCCAGUGAACAAGCUGCUGAGCAACGUUUUCUCUGCUAACUUUGUUUUCAGCUCAAAUCAGAUGAUUUUUGAGGAUUUUCUGAAGCAACUCAUUUACAUUUUGAAAUGUUUCUCCUUGAUAUAGAAAAAUGUCAGAAUUAAAGAAAACAUUAGAGAAAAUAAAUGCACCACUGAAUAGAGACUUUGAACUCUUAGACACUUUUCUGGUAGUGAAUCAUUGAAGCGAAAUGGUAGAUGUACUCUAGUUUACUAGAUUGAAUUGACUGAAGGUAAAAGAUCUAAAAUCUGUCGAUUUAAAACUGCCCUGCAAUUUUCAAUUGGCUCAUUUUGCACUUGAAUUUUUAUCCUAGAUUCGUGAAUUAACGUUUGCUGGUUUUACACAGGUAGUUCAUGCACCUGCACAUCAGUUGGUAUUGAACUGAAUAUGUUAAGUUUGAAGUGAAACAAGUAGAUCCGAAGCUUUUAAAUACCUAUGUGCAAAAAUAUAUAUGCAUAACUGGAAUUUCACCUUGACAUGAGGUUUCCUAAUAGUUUAAAUGCACGAUGAAGAGAAUAUGCUACUGGUUUAGCUGGGAACCGGGCGGUUAUCACCACAUCUGUGCAGAACCUUUCCUCAACAAAAUUACUGAACCACUGUGAUGGAAAAAAGAAAAGUGAUCAUCUCAAACAAACAUCUCAAAAAAGGAGAGCUGGAUUUGUCUUUGAGUUGUUUUUUUUUUGUUUGUUUGUUUGUUGUCCGUGUCAUUAAUUUACUCCAAGACAAACUAAACUGUCAAACUGUACGCCAACUACUGAUGUUUAAUGUUUCUUGCGCCUAAACUAGCUGCCAGAGUCCCGCGUGUACUAAAGGUUGCCAUAACGAGUCAAUGAUUGUUGAAGCUGCCUUCACACUACUGUUUCCUGCACUGUUCAACAGACUACUUAAUUAUGUGCUGGAGUUUAGAUGUCCUUCUGUCUUCUCUCUUGUUUCUUCUUGUAUUUUCAUACGAGCAGAUCUGACUCAGUUUUGAUUGAAAACAUUUUAAAGCAGAUCUAAGAUGAAAAAUUAAAGGUCAGAACUUUAGUUUUUGUGUAAAUCUGAAAAUCUACAUGAAUUUAAUGUUGCCUUAUCACUGCUACUUUUGAUACUUAAGAGAUGAAAGUUGUGGGGUUCUUUUGUUUUUUGUUUGUGGGGUUUAAGGGGAAACUUCUCAUUUUGUAUUGGGGAAUUGGUGUUUUAAUGUGAAACUAAACCCUGAGAUAUGAUGUACAUUUGAUAAUUAAAAUAAAGAACAGUUAGAAUGUCA